GAAACUUUGAAACAGAUAACGUGAUCAAUCAAGAGGUAUAGUGAUGACAUUUAGAAGACAUUGUAGCAUGAUAACAAAAGAGAAGGAGGACUGUUCUAAGACCAUACAAGAUGAAGAAAUGACAUGCUGCAGUGAAGAUUUCCUGGACAGUGCUCAGCUACCCCACUCAAAUGCCAACAGCUGAAAACAAUUUACCGGGAAUCAUGGCUUUAAUAAUUAAAGCAGUUUACUUUAUGUCUAAUACCAGUCAUGUUUUUACUUUAAAUACUGUUUUCUUUAUGCUUUAGCAUCUGAUCCUUAUCCAGUACACUAUAUAAUAUUUUGUUGUAUUACAUCUCCUCAGCUAUAAAAGGAUUUAAAGCUGCAAUGAUAUGACAAGACAGCCAUACAUCGUAAUUCUUUAAUAUAUGAAUGUUAUUAUUAUAUUUGAAGAUAAUACAAUAAACUAAACAAGAAAUUUUAAAAAAUCCCAAAAUAAUGUCAUUUAAUUCACGAAACUCACUUCAAUUCAAUUUUACUGAAGCAAUUCAUCUUUCAUUUCUUCUCUCCAUUUCGUUUCCUGGACUCGGUAUCUUGUUGCUUUAAUUUUCUGGAUCAGAAGCAAAGAUGGCAGAAAUUCUUUUGGGUGCUAUUUUGGAAGAAGCGGUGUCUAAAGCGAAUUCAAUUGCCACUAACCAAAUCAGCCGUAUAUGGAAUUUCAAGAAGGAGCUGAAAAGACUGGGUGACUCACUAGAACUGAUGGAAGCUUUCUUGCAAGAUGCAGAGGAAAAGCAAACAAAGAAGGACCCAGUGAAGCUUUGGUUGCAGAGGCUCAAAGAUGUUGCUGAUGAGGCCGCUGAUGUCCUUGAUGAGUUUGACUAUGAAAUUCUACGAAGGAAACUGAAGAUUCGGAACCAAAUUCGAAGGAAGGUACUCGACUUUCUUUCUUCUAACAAUUCCAUUUUAUUUCGUCUCAAGAUGGCUAAUAAAAUUACGGACAUCCUUGAAAAACUGGAUAGACUUAACAAAGACGCCAGUUCAUUUAGUCUUCAGCAGAGAGCUACAGAACAUGUGUCUCCUGUACCUGGAAGAUCAAAUGUGGAGACGUUGUCUGUCAUGGAUGACUCGACCAUUGUUGGAAGGGAAAAUGAUAUCUCAAAGGUGGUUGACCUGUUAGUCAAUCCCAAAGAUGAGCAGGUUGUUUCUGUUGUACCUAUAGUAGGUAUGGCAGGUCUUGGCAAAACUGCAUUGGCAAAGCUGGUGUAUGAUGAUCUGCGUGUGAAAAGGCAUUUUCAUGUCAAAUCCUGGGUCUGUGUUUCUGAUCAUUUUGAUGUCAAAAAGAUUUUAGGGGCGAUGUUUGAACAGCUUACUGGUGAUAGACAUACCUCAAUGCCAGAAAAUAUGGAUGCAAUGAUUCUGAAGCUCAAGGAGAAGAUUGAACAGGCCAAAGGAGAAAAAUAUCAGAUCAAGUAUCUUCUUGUACUUGAUGAUGUGUGGGAUGUUAAGAAAUGGGAGGAUCUAAAGCUUUGUCUGAAAGGAAUCAGUACAAAUGGCGGGAAUGGAGUUAUUGUGACAACACGCAAAGAAGAUGUAGCAUCAACAGUGCAAGCACUUUCGGAUCAAAGGCAUCAACCACGAAGACUAGAAGAUGAAGAAUGCUGGUCCAUAAUUAAACAACUAGCAUUGACACCCUCUCCAAUGUCUCACGAUUUAGAGCCUAUUGGAAAGGAGAUUGCUAAGCAGUGUCGAGGUGUGCCAUUGUUAGCUAAAGUUAUUGGAGGGACAAUGAGCAAAGAAAGGAGUCGCCGCACAUGGUUGGAAAUUCAAAAAAGUGGAGUAUGGGGUUCACCGGAAAGUGUGUUAAAAGUGGAAAGUGUGUUAAAAUUAAGUUAUGAUCGCUUGCCUUCUCCAUCUUUGAAGAAGUGUUUUGCGUACUGUGCCAUGUUUCCUAAAGAUUAUUGCUUUGAAACUGAGGAAUUGAAGCAACUGUGGAUGGCUGAAGGAUUUCUUGGCAGUUCUAUGGCAAUGGUGGAUAUUGGUGACAAAUACUUGAAUGAGUUGUUAUCAAAUUCCUUAUUUCAAGAUGUCAAGAAGGACAAAUUUGGGAAUAUUCUCACAUUCAAGAUGCACGACUCGGUGCAUGAUUUAUCUUUGUCUGUGUCAAAGUUUGAUACUUUGUUUUUUCAAGAUAAUUCCACCCUCGCCUCGAAUGAGUGUUCUCAUAUCCGUCAUCUCAAUGUUGGGUGUAAUGGGGAAUCAUUACCAGAAAUUUUUACGGCGGUUGCUCCGAAAUUAUACUCGUUGUUUUCAGAGAUUGAUGUGUUCAAGAAACUAUCAAAAAGCUUCACAAGAUUAAGAGUCCUGAAGCUUGUUGAUGCUGCUAAUAUUUGUGAGUUGCCAGAUUCCCUUGGAGAAUUAAAGCACUUGAGGUAUUUGGACAUCUCAGGGACUUAUAUCGAAGCACUGCCUAAGUCCACAACCAAACUUUACCAUCUGCAAACAUUGAGGCUCUUGGAUUUACCGGGACUCACACUUCCGGAUGGAUUGGAAAAUUUGAUAAGCUUGAAGCACUUGUAUAUUGAUAGCAAAGAACUUCAGCCAGUUAAUAUUGGAAAGCUAACUUGUCUUCAAACAUUACCCAUAUUUUUUGUGGGAUCAGAAAGGGGACGUUCGAUUAAGGAGUUAGGAUCCCUAAACGAACUGCGUGGAGAACUGGAGAUAUGCCACCUUGGGGAUGUUAGAGACAAACAAGAGGCUAAUGGAGCAAAUCUGCACCGUAAAGAAAAAUUAUGCAAGGUUAUAUUUGCUUUUGAAAGGUGUGACAGUGGGAGUAGUGGUUAUAACAGUGAAGAAGUGAUGGAAGGUGGUUUUGAAGGGAGUGAUAGUGGGAGUGGUGGUUAUAACAGUGAGGAAGUGAUGGAAGGCCUCCAACCACACUCAAAUUUGCAAAGCUUAACUGUUUGGGAUUACAGAGGUGAAAGCUUUCCCUCAUGGAUGUUAAGACCUGUUGGUGAUUCUAAUACUGAUCUGUUUUUGCUUAACAAUUUGAUAGAGCUGAACAUUUUCAAUGGCAUCAACUGUGAAAGUCUUCCACCUCUGGGCCAAUUGCACAAUCUCCAGUAUCUUAAGUUGAGAAAUCUGGAGAAAGUGAAACGCAUGGGUAAUGAAUUUUAUUGCAACGAAGGUGUUGAUGGUAUGAAUAAGGUGAUCAAGGUGUUUCCUGCCUUGAAAAAAUUCACCUUAAGUAGGAUGGAAAGUCUAGAAGAAUGGACAGCAAUGGCGGAAACAAAGACGAUCAUGUUUCCUUGCUUGGAGCGGCUGAAGAUUUGGGGUUGUCCCUUGUUGAAAAGUGUUCCACUAACGGGACAAUGUUAUUCUCUUGAAAAGCUUCGCAUUUCAUUAUGUGACAAAUUAAGCAAGAUUGGAGACGGAUUAUCAACCUCCACUUGUCUCAAAGAAUUACAUUUAAACUAUUGUCCUAAUUUAAGUUCGAUCCCAAAUUUGGAAGGAUUUUCCUCUCUUCAAUAUCUGUCAGUUCAUAAUUGCGACAAAUUGGAAGUUCUUCCAAUUACUGGAGGGUGUUCAUCUCUUGAAGGGCUUCUCAUUUCCAGUUGUGAAAAAUUAAGCAAGAUUGGAGAUGGAUUAUCUACCUCCACUUGUCUCAGAGUAUUAGUUCUAGAAGAUUGUCCUAAUUUAAGUUCGAUCCUUUCAUCUCUUCAAAAUCUAUCAGUUGAUGGCUGUGACAAAUUGGAGAGCUUUCCACUAAAAGCACCACUGUCAUCCCUUAAAAAAUUGAAGAUACGUGAUUGCCCUAAUUUGAAGCCCAUUCCAAGUUUAGAUGGACCCUCUUCUCUCACAGAAUUAGAAUUUAAGAAAGUAGGAGAAGAAUGGAGUCGUCUGCUACCAAAUAUGUUGCAAUCCAACGUUUCCCUUUGCAGGCUAAGUAUAUUAAAUUUGCCUGAUCGGACAUGGAUUCAAGAUGACAGCCUUGGUAGGCUUAACUGCUUGAGAGAUUUAACUAUCGGUGGUUUCUCAGAAGAGUUGCAAGAAUUCCCAUGGCCCAGUUCCAUUCAAUAUCUCAGUGCCUCCCUUCUAGUUCUAAAACUGAUUGGUUGGGAAAAGCUACAGUGUCUUCCUCACCAACUUCAUUUCUUCACUGCCCUCCAAGAAUUGACGAUAGAAGGGUUUCAAGGAAUAGAAGCCUUUCCAGAGUGGUUGGGAAACCUCUCUUCUCUAAAGCAUCUGAGAAUCCAUUCAUGCAAUAAGCUCAUGUACCUGCCUCCUGUAGAUGUUAUGCGAAGCCUCUCCAAAUUAGUAAGGGUUGACAUUGAAAAUUGUCCUCAAUUAGAGACAAGAUGUGAGAGGGAGAGUGGCCCUGAAUGGUCCAAGAUUUCCCACAUUCCACGUAUAUAUAUUAAUCGUCGGAGUAUUCAGUUUAUGGAUGGAGACUUUUGAGACUAUCAGUUUGAGAACCAAAUUAUGAAUUGAAUGUGUGGACACAAAAGGAGAUGCUGAUAGGGCUGGAGUCAGAGUGAAUGGUUCUCCUUUUCGACAUUGAAGAGCUAUAAUAUAAAAGACAGCUUUAGUUCACCAAUUCAGGGGUUUAUCUGAUGUCUGUCUGAGCUGAUUUUUGGACAAUGGCUAUUUCGAUUGUGCAAGGUUGGAUUUUUCAUAUGGAUUUUGUAUCUUUAGGUUUUUCAUUUUCAAUGUUAGUCAUAUUUGGGUGAUAUCAUCUACUUUUCAGCAAAUAGUUUUGUUGGAGUUGUAUGCUUUUUAUUGUGGUUUUGUAUUGUGAUCUUGUAACAAACCUUUUGAAUAUAGUCAAGUCCCGUGGUUUUACCCUUUGUUUUAAGGGGGUUUACCACGUAGAAAA